AAACAGCUUUACAGAUGCCAAUCUCGGAGCCCAUCGGCUAUCGUCUCAGUGAUCUAUGCAAAUAUCUGUUUAUGGAGAUUAAGCUGAGGCUGGCUGAGAUUUAGUCUGCUGCUUAAGGACACUUAAGGAUUUCAGGACAAGUUAUGAAAACACAGAAUCAAAUCUGGGUACCCAUUAGAUAAGGAGUUUGCCACCUUCUAGUGUAAAUAUCAGUUCGAGUAUCAAAUUUGUCAAAUGAUGCUGAUUGUUACUUAAGUUGAACUGAUUUAGUUACUUAAGUUGAGCUGAUUUAGUUACUUAAGUUGAACUGAUUGAAUUACUUAACUUGACAGGGCUUCUUUUAAAAAAUGCUACGCAACAAAUUAAGCUCUCACUGUGAAUGAAAUUGGCAGCCAGUCACAUGCUACAGUGUGUUAUGAAAGAAGGACUCCUAUGCUUCCAUGAGAAACAGUGGGCCUCUUGUCUCCACUGCUUGCAAACGUCUUGAUAAGCUUGCGCUGAAUUACACUAAUCUUUAAAAACCUUCAGUGCCUGAAGUACCUCACAUUUGAAGGGAACAGUCAAACUUUGCAACAAAGUUUUUGGCAGUGUUUAAUUUAUUUCUGUUGUUUGUCUGGUCCGUAUAAGCUUACACUAGUAUGACUUCAACGCUGAGGAAAGCGUACCAUAUCACAGCAUUCAGCUGGUAUGCUUUUGUCGUGAAGAGUCUCGCUGCUAAGGAUGGAGAGGAGUUACCACCAGGAAUCUUUGUUUAUGGAGGACCUUGGAAGUAUCUUACUUUUUUGAAUUUGUUAUUACAAAUGUCAUUCUUUGGACUGGCGGCACUGAAUGAUCUACAAACUGGGAAGAAGUCAGAAAACACUCUGAGCAGAUGUAAAGACCUUCUCUUUUCUGUCUUUGCCUUCCCUGUGGGCAUGUUUGUUGUUCUACUUUUCUGGACGAUCUUUGCCUACGACAGAGAAUUAGUCUACCCGGCUACUAUUGACACCUUCUUCCCCCCCUGGAUAAACCAUGCUAUGCACACAUUUGUUCUUCCUGUUUUACUUGGAGAGGUGCUGGUGCAGCCUCACAGCUACCCACAGACUAAACAUGCACUGGCAGCAUUAGGAGGUGUGGGCUUGGCUUACUUAUUUUGGAUUAUAUGGGUGUAUGUGUCAGUUGGGAUUUGGGUGUAUCCCCUUCUUGCACACUUCAGCUCUUCUGGUUUAGUGGGCUUCUUCUUUUUCAACAUGUUGGUGGUGACAUUGCUCUACGUGCUCGGGGACAAGCUCAACAGCCAUGUCUGGCGUAAGAUACAUUAA